CCGUCUCUAUGCUCCCGCGCGUCUAGUCUAUUUAUUGUCGCGGGGGAAGCAGCGGCCGCCCUGUACCCGGAACAACAAAGCGAGAAACGGAGCUCGAGCCUUGGGGGGCUCCUAGCAACGGGCCUGGGCGGGAGUUCCAUGGAGACUGGGGAGAGGACCCGUUUUAUCUUCAUCCUUGUCCUUCAGCUUCUUCUCCGCGUCCGACGCAACCAGCAGCAGCGCUGCCGCCGCGUCCUUUACGACCGCCCCGUCUUCCCACGGAUGUGAUCUUCGUGGUGGGAAAACAAGUUUCUAAACUACCCCAAUGGAUGCAGACAGUGAUGUUGCAUUGGACAUUUUAAUUACAAAUGUAGUCUGCGUUUUUAGAACAAGAUGCCAUUUGAACCUAAGGAAGAUUGCUUUGGAGGGAGCAAAUGUAAUUUAUAAGCGUGAUGUUGGGAAAGUAUUAAUGAAGCUUAGAAAACCUAGAAUUACAGCUACAAUUUGGUCCUCAGGAAAAAUUAUUUGCACUGGAGCAACAAGUGAAGAAGAAGCUAAAUUUGGUGCCAGACGUUUAGCCCGUAGUCUGCAGAAACUAGGUUUUCAGGUAAUUUUUACAGAUUUUAAGGUUGUGAAUGUUUUGGCAGUUUGUAACAUGCCCUUUGAAAUCCGUUUGCCAGAAUUCACAAAGAACAAUAGACCUCAUGCCAGCUAUGAACCUGAGCUUCACCCUGCCGUGUGCUAUCGGAUAAAGUCUCUAAGAGCUACAUUACAGAUAUUUUCAACAGGAAGUAUCACGGUGACAGGGCCCAAUGUAAAGGCUGUGGCCACUGCCGUGGAGCAGAUCUACCCAUUCGUGUUUGAAAGCAGGAAGGAGAUUUUAUAACUCAAACUUCAUUGGUUAGAGUCUCUAACUGAGCACCGUUUGAAACCUGCUGCACAUUGGACUCAAAACACAAGGAAAACUGGACCAACAGUGACUGAGGACAGACUCGUACUCACGGCUACAGUGUAAGCUCCAGUCCCUUUGGAUUUUACUUCAAACUUUGCUGUAAUAUAAAAAGGAAGUUUACAAGACAUGACAUUGCUGCUUUUACAAAAGGACGUUCUAUUUAUUUUCGCAGUGAUCUCCAUGUCCCCACAGGCAGAGCUGUUGCGUGUGCACUACCUUACAGUUGUUUUAUUGAUGUCAUUAUUUUUCCAGUUGGAGCUAAUGUGUUUGAUUUGUGAAUAGUCUUUUACAUUUUUGUAUGCUAAAUAUGGGCACCAAAGAACCUGUAAACGUUAUCUUUUUAAAUUGAAUGUGCACAAAUAAAAGUUUGGAAAAGAUCUCUCUUCAUAUCCAUUCUGUAACAUUUAUUCACCAUUUUUUCUUUUAAACAACUGUAUUCAUAAUUUUUUAAAAUCUAUGCAGGCUUAGACUUUGCCUAAAGUGUGUGGGCUUCUUUUUGAAGUGAGUUGUGUAUAUAUAUGUGUAUGCUACAUGUAUAUAGUAUCUUUUCAUGCUCUGUUACCAAAUAUCAAUUAGAAUUUUUUCCUUGCAGAUUGGAAGUAAAAACCAUGUACAUAAGCUCUAGGUAACUAGGGUGGAACUCCACAGAUGGAUGGUAAUGUGUAUGGUACUAAUUUAAUCUGAUAGAAAAUGUUAAAUGCAUUUUAAAAGCUAAGAAGUUGUAGUUUUGAAGAGAGGCCUUUUCCUGUCUAGGUGGAUGUGCGGCAGCCCUGUAACCGUUGCUGUUCGGGAAUCCUGGUUGUAGAUGCUGAGCCAGCUGAGGUUCUUACAACCCUUGGCUUGGUGCUCAAGGCUACGCUAGAAAUCUUGUCAGAAACUGAUUGAAAUUGUGUUUCAACAAGAAGUGACCCACACGGAGUCUGUGCCACUGUGUGGUUCCAGCCCCACUUGACCCAGAGAGCCACUGGCAGGCGCGUAUCUGGCCUUGCUGUGUGUGAGUAGUGCACUUGCAGGGUGACUGGAGAUUGAGAGGCCACUCUUCAGUUCUACGAGACGGGGCCCUCAGCCAUGCACGGACUCUGGGUGGAAAAGCAGGGUCGGGCAGGUGCUCAGUGCAGCCCGGAGCAGCUUUCCCUCAACAAGUAAGCCAGGUGGCAUCCAAACUUAGAUUCUCUGUACAAACUAAACUAUUUCCCACCAAGCUCUGACUUACCGUUGUAUUUUUGGAACGUUUGCAAAGGCUUGCGACAUGUGCACCAGAUUACAAACCUUCCAAGGCUAACUUAAGCACUGGCCAGGCAGUGCGUAGGAUUCUGUGUUCAGUUUUGUUUCCUGAAAGCCUUCUCAUCCCCCUGCCUCAGCUCCUUCAGAACAUGGGAACUAAGGCGGCUUUACACUUGAUUUUUCCCAGUUCAUUGUGACUUUUUAAAAUUGUUUCUAUAUUUGGGGAUUAUUUUUUUUUUUGCUGUGUUUUAAGAUAUUAGAAAUUCAGAUGUAGAGGUAGACCGCUUUAAAAUGGGGAGGGUUUACUACUUGUUUUAACAGUGAACUUCUAGUUUGCAGUGUUGAGAAACAUGUAUGUGAGACAGAAACUCGGGUAGGGAAGGUGCAGAUGUAGUCGCCGGAACGUUUUCAGUGGCCUGAAAGCCAGGCAGAGCUCUGAAGAUCUUAGGACUUGUCUGGAGGGAGAAGAGUGGGCGUGGCCGGGUCACCUGUGUGGCAGCUGCCUGCACAGUCCACAGAACAAGGCUGGGAAGGAGUGAGUGGGUCUCGCGUCACCUGGUUUUCUACAAGUACUGUAAAAUUUUUUAUAUAAAUAAAAACUGUGAAUAUAUACAUACAA